UCGAUUUAUUGGUAUUUGGAAAUAUGGUAUUAUGAUCAUUGUUCAAUGAAUGUUUUUAUUUAGGUUUAUAUUUUGUUGAAUGGAAGCAAUUUACACAGUAUUCACACGAAGAGACUCGUGUUCUGUUUAUCAAACGACGAAAUCUAGAAGAGAUUAUGACUUUUGGAGUGAAAAAAACUUUUGUUCUCAUCCAUCCACAGAAAACUUUCUGAAUUGAAUUAGUGCGUAACGUCUGCACUAGAUGGACGAGAUAGCGCCACUCGUCACUCUAACGUUAUUUCAGGGAACUAGUGGCACCUGAGAGGAGCAGUAUUACGUUUUACAAUCCACCGCGGUUCUCCACAUUCGCCAUCUUGUCUUGAUGCAUUACUAAAAACUAUGUGGGUCUGAAUAAUUCGACAGUUUGACGUUUAAUAAAAUGCAAUCGUGCCUGUGAUCAAGUUUAACGUAAAGUCCAGGUGAAAAGUCGUGUCCUAAAAACUUUCUGAAGAAUCACAAAGAAAACCUUUAAAAAUGGAUCUCGAUGUUCCAAAAUUUUCCUCGCAAGAGGAUGAGAUUCAGUAUUGGAUGGAAAUUGCCCAACAGAUGUACCAACGGAAGGAGGACCUAGAGCAUGAGUUGGAGGAAUUUCAAGAGAAUUCACAGAUGCUGGAGAAGGAGUUGGAGACAUCAUUAGAGCAAUCUGAGAAGAGUAAUAGGGAGUUGCGGCAGAGAAAUGCGAGGUUAGCCACUGAGAUAGAGCAGUUGAGGACACGACUGGACCAGCAAACGGUGGAUUGUGCAAGUUUCCAAACGAAAGUCUCUGAACUCGAGACUCAACAUGAGCAACUUGUCAAGUAUAUACGGGAAUUAGAACAGAAAAAUGAUGAUUUGGAGAGAGCUCACAGAAUAAAUAUGGCAACAGAAGAGGCAAUCGAAGCCAAAUUCAAUUCAGCUAUUGAAAAGAAUGCACUUCUGGAGUCUGAACUAGAUGAAAAAGAAAGCCUAAAGAUCAUUGUUCAACGAUUGAUGGACGAAAACAGAGAUCUCAAACAAGAGUUCAACGUGUUGAAACGACAUAUAGCUGACAACGACAAAUCAGCAGACAAAGUACGGAGUCUGGUAGACAGUAACAAGUUGCACGUCGAGCGAGAGACGAUCCUGCCGCAUACUGAGCAGAAUAUAACGAGCACAGGGCACACGCCGUCACCCUUGAAAAUUGAAAACGUCGUCAUCAACAACAACAUGAACAUGCCAAUGGCCCCAUCAACGAGAAUAUUAGCGAUGAACAUGAUUGGUGAUCUCAUGCGAAAAGUCGGGGCUCUGGAGAAUAAGCUCAACACUUGCAGGAAUUCGUCACGUGAGGAUCAAGCUAUGAGGGAUUUAUACAGGACUAGACGGCAAGUGCGCGGCCUGACUUCAGGAAACAACAACCACAUUCGAUUAUGAAGUGAUAACAUUGAUAACCAGUAUGCACCAAUACCGUGAUGAAAUUAAGUGAUUUAUUGAGAAAAAUUUUCAGGAGCUACUCACUUGGCAUAGUAAAGUUUCUGCAAUAAAAAAUAAUUCUUUCUAAAUGUGCAAUUUUAAUGAAUUUUGCACGUAUGAAAUAAUUUCAGUGAUUAACGUAGUGUUUUUUCUAAGAAAUUUUAUUUGUGUUUUGUGCCAUUUAUGUUAAAUUUUCCACAACUUCAGUUAUUUUUCGAAUAGUGUUUUCUAGAAAAAAGUCAAUGGAUUUUGACUUUUCUAUAGAGAUUCUUGGGCACAAAUUUUCUAAGUUUUUUCAGCUGUUUUUCUUAUUUGUUUCUCAUAAUAAAAUUCAAGAAGAAAAACUCGGAAAAUUUACGUAGACAGAAUUGGGAUAGAAUUACUCGAAGAAAACACUACGUUUUUCAUUUGAUUUUUUUCACACGUCUCUUUCAUGUCAUAAAUAGUUGGUAGAUUAGGCUGAAAAGUAUUUCACUAAAAGAACAAUCGAAUUCACAUUAUUAUGGAGUUUGAGUGAAAUCAGCGAAUUGUACAUAUAGUUAUAUACAAUAGUAUAAAUAAUAUAUUACAGAAUCUCAGCUGAAGAAAAUGACCAGUUCUCUUUUAGCUACCAAUUACCAGUGUUGAUAGGGAUUUUUUUCACGCAGUAUAGGAAAGAGAGUGGACUCCUCUCAGAGUAGAUCUCUAAAAAUUGCAAAAUGAAUAAGCUAAUUAACAAACGAAAUUAAAAAUUCUGGUCUAAUAUUAAUUUCGCCAAUGUCAGAAAAUGUUAACCGUAUUUAUAUUUGUUGAAUGUAUACAAUGUUUAACUUACUGAAGUGGCGUUUAGACUGAGACUUGCUCGUUCAGGAGGCAUCGCAUGAUUGAAUGUCUUUUAUUUCUCUUCAAUCUCAUAGUUUAUAGAUGUAAUAAAUUAUAUUGCCGGAAAUCUCAAAUGCUCCUUUGAGAUAAUAUGACUAAUUAAUGCAAUAUCAUGGUGUGCUGUACUUUCAUUCGCAAAUACAUAAUAGGAUUUAUUCAAUUAAUUACACCCUCUAUUUUUUCCUGAAUUUAUUCUAAAAUUGUGAACUUGAAUUUCAUUAGAAUUUGGUAAACUCUCUUUUGUAGCGUUUGACAAGAAUCAACAUAUACUUCAGUUAACCCAAGUGAUUUAUUUUUUAUAAAUUGUACUGACUAUUGAUUCAUCGAAUUGUAAAGAUCAAUUGUUCACCCAUUUCAAACUGUAAACUUGAAUAAAAGUAGAUGGAAAAAUUA